AUGACCUCUGAAAGAUCUCACAGAUCUCCUGUUGACAAUAUCUCUGACAUGGGUGGCUUCGAUCCAGCCUCUACAGCAGCUUGCUCGGAUUCUACAAGGAAGAGGAGACGAAGAACAGGAACUGAAUCUGUUGUGGAGACUCUUAAAAAGUGGAAGCAGUACAACGAGUAUCUCGACACUUGCGCGGAUGGAGCCGCUGGCAAGAAGUCUGGGCGAAAAGCUCCCGCCAAGGGCUCGAAAAAGGGAUGUAUGAAAGGAAAAGGCGGGCCCGAUAAUUCUCACUGCAAGUACAGGGGUGUUAGACAGAGGACGUGGGGUAAAUGGGUAGCAGAGAUUAGAGAGCCCAAUAAAGGUCCUAGAUUGUGGCUUGGCACUUUCCCUACUGCUUAUGAAGCUGCUCUAGCCUACGAUGAUGCUGCUAGAGCCAUGUAUGGUCCUUAUGCCAGGCUGAACCUUCCAGAUAUCUCUAGGGCCCCGACUACAUCGAAUGGUUAUUCUGCGGCAACACCAUCUGGUGGGUACUCUACGAUUAGUACUACUACAUCAUCCAACCAUUCUGAGGUUUGUGAGAAUGAAGAUGAUGCCAAGGUCUUGGUGGUUCCUGAUGUUGAGGGUGAGUCGAAGGCCACGGCUCAUGGGGUGGAUGAGGUAUCAUCUUCGGAUCCUUGUAAAGAAGAGCCUCUGUUGGUAGACAAGAAUGGGGCUUUUGAUGAAGACCAGACGAGCCUGAAACCGGAAAUGAAAGAGGAGCCCUUGGAUGUGAAAGACUAUGAGUGUCAUGACUUCACGAUGGAUGAGAUGUUUAGCAUUGACGACUUACUGGGUGCAUUGGAGAAUCACCCACUCGAAGGGGCAGUAAACAACCAGAUGCAGGAGCAUGAUGCUAGAUUCAUUGGUGGUUCGCAGCACAAGGAGCCAGCGCCAUUGAUCCUUCCUGCUGCUGAGGAUUUCUGCUUCAACUUUUUGGAGCCUGGGAGGCAGGAGGACAAUACUGUUACCGUUGAUGAUCAGGGUUACUUGAGCCUGGGCUUGGCCGACUUGGGGUUUGAGGAUCUGUGA